AUGACGACUCCCGUCGCUGGCGCCGCGACGCCGUCAGUCACCGUCUUCCCCCACCACAAGCUCAACCCUAUCAAUCGCAACAUCUACUCCGGCUUCACAGAGCACAUGGGCCGCUGCAUCUACGGAGGAGUCUGCGAUCCGUCCAACGCGAACAAAGACCUCAUCGACGCUCACGGGUUUCGCAAAGACGUCAUCGAGGCCCUCAAGCCCCUCGACGUCCCCGUCUUUCGCUACCCCGGCGGAAACUUCUGCGCGACGUACCAUUGGCAAGACGGCAUUGGACCAAGAGACCAACGCCCCGCCCGGCCAGAACUCGCCUGGGACAACGUGGAGCCCAACCACUUCGGCACCGAUGAGUUCAUGACCUGGUGUGACGCCGUGGGUGCAGAACCGUACCUAUGUCUGAACUUCGGCACGGGGACGCUCGACGAAGCCAUGGCCUGGGUGGAGUACUGCAACGGCACGAAGAACACGUACUAUGCAAAUCUGAGGCGGAAGAACGGCCACCCGGAGCCGUACAAGGUCAAGUACUGGGCGUUGGGCAACGAGGUCUAUGGCCCCUGGCAAGUAAACCAGAUGACGCAGGAGGCCUACGCGGAGCGAGCCCUGCAGUGGGCGAAGGCCUUGAAACUGCUCGACCCAAGCAUCCAACUCAUCUUGUGUGGCAAGGAGGGCGCGACUUCCUGGGACUAUUACACGCUGAAGCACUGUCUCCAGCCCGCGGGGCUGAACGAGCUAGGCGAGAAGCGCAAGCCGCUCAUCGACAUGCAUAGUAUCCACAUGUACACGGCGAGCGAGGACCACUAUGAGAACGUCACGGCGCCGUUGGCUGCCGAGAGGGCCAUCGAGGUCUGUUCCUCGUUGAUCGACUUGGCUGUUGUGGAGAACAAGAUCCCGCCUGCCCAGAAACGGCCGACGAUAUGUUUCGACGAGUGGAACGUCUGGCUCCCUACGCGGGCGGUCGGGAGCAAAGGUGCCGAGGAGACGUAUACGCUCUCGGACGCGCUGGCCGUGGCGUGUUGGUUGAAUGUACUCGUCCGGAAGUCCAAGGACGUGGGGAUGGCCAACAUCGCGCAGAGCGUCAAUGUCAUCAGCCCGCUGAUGACGACGCCGGACGGCAUCGUCAAGCAGACGACUUGGUGGCCGUAUGAGCUGUUCUGCCGGUUCAUGAAGGGACAUCAGAUUGCCGUGCAUGUGGCUUGCGAACGCUACACGGGGCCGACCCGGCCUGAAUGGGUGAGGACAGUCAAGGACACGCCGUAUUUGGAUGUCAGUGCGACGACCGACGACGAGGGCUGGGUUAGCGUGUGUGUUGUCAACAUCCAUGCCGAGGAGGAUCUAAAGACAGAUCUUGGAGGUGUGGGUGACACCGGUGUUGAGGUUUACACAGUCACGGGAGCGAACCUGAAAGUAACAAACAUGAGCGGCAAGGAGGAGGUUGGGCUGAAGAAGUCGACGUGGGACCCGAAGGAGAAUGGUCCGACUUUCGUCUUUCCAAGGUGUUCCAUCACUAUGCUGAGAUGGAAGAGCUCGUAG